GGUCCCGUGACUCGGCGCCGCUGGAGAUGCUGCUCGUUUCGGUGGGAUGAUGCUGCAGAGGCGCGCAUCUGAGGCGAGUGAAGAGACGGAGCUCCGGCGCCGGCGCGGUAACAACAACAGUCACUGACUGACUGACUGACCGACGUAGAACGACCGCCGGCGUCUCUCCACGACACGAGCUCUGUGACAGUCUGUCUUCGCCGCCUUUAUCUUCUUUGCAUUUAUUUCGAGCUCUUUACUUCCUUAGUUUAUAUUAAUAUUUAUUUCGACUCGAGCUCUUGACCUGCUUUGCUGUAAAGUUUACGUACUUCGUCGUCUUUACCUCUCUGGUCUGGGGGUCGGCACGUGACGUGACGAGACGAAGAAGAGCGGAUUUUUCAGCGCGAGCUGCGAGGAGGGGCGCCGGGAGGCAGGCAGCGAUGUCCAACGAGCACUCGCCCCUCCUCACCUAUGGCCUCUUCGCUGUGGGGAGUGACACCGGUGGGUCGGGGCUGGAAUCGGGACGGGGCCCCGGGGGGGCCGCCGCCGCCGCCUCCUCCUCCUCGGCCCGCAGUCUCAACACGUUCUUUGGCGUGGUUGUGCCCACGGUGCUCUCCAUGUUCAGCAUCGUGCUCUUCCUCCGCAUCGGGUUUGUGAUUGGCCACGCGGGGCUGCUGCAGGCUCUCAUUAUGCUGGCUGUGGCCUAUGUCAUCAUCUCCUUGACGAUCCUCUCCAUCUGCGCCAUCUCCACCAAUGGAGCGGUACAGGCGGGUGGGGCUUACUUCAUGAUCAGCCGAUCGCUGGGCCCAGAGUUUGGUGGCAGCAUCGGCCUCAUGUUCUUCCUGGCCAACGUGUGUGCCUGUGGGGUCUACGUGCUGGGCUUGGUGGAGGCCAUACUUGACGUCUUUGGGCAAGACGCAGGUUCCUCCAUGGGGGAUGGUCUCCGACUUCUGCCCCAGGGCUAUUGGUACACGGUGCUGUACGCCUCAGCGGUGCUCCUGCUCUGUCUGCUGGUGUGCCUGGUGGGGGCACACCUCUACUCUCGCGCCUCCUUCCUCAUCCUGCUCGUGGUGACGCUCUCGCUGGUCUCCAUCAUCAUCAGCCCCUUGGCCCUGGGUCCACGCAGCUUUGUCAUCAGCCACCAGGGUGGCGCCAACAGCACCAUUGUCUACAAUACCAGCUACACGGGCUUCAGCCGCAGCACGCUGAAGAACAACCUGGGGACGGGUUACUCGCUGGAUUACAGCACCGGCACAGUCAUGACCUUCGCUACUGUGUUUGCCGUUAUGUUCAACGGCUGCACUGGCAUCAUGGCCGGGGCCAACAUGUCAGGAGAGCUCAAGAACCCCAGCGUGUCCAUCCCCAAAGGCACCAUUAUUGCAGUGGUCUACACCUUCUUUGUUUACCUGCUGCUCUUCCUACUGGUCAGCUCCACCUGUGACAGGGUCCUGCUCGUCCAAGAUUAUGGUUUCCUCCAGCGCAUCAACAUCUGGCCUCCUUUCGUCACCAUCGGGGUGUACUGCACCUCUCUGUCCGCUGCCAUGAGCUCUAUGAUCGGGGCAUCCCGCAUUUUGCAUGCUCUGGCUCUUGAUCAGCUUUUCGGCCUGCCGCUUUCUCCAGCUGCCAUCACGUCAAAGUCGGGGAACCCGUGGGUGUCAGUUGUGUACACCUGGGCUCUGGUGCAGUGUGUGGUCUUUGCCGGACAACUCAACUCCGUCACGAGCCUGGUGACUGUUUUCUACUUGCUGGCUUACGCCGCGGUUGAUCUGGCAUGUCUCGCCCUCGAAUGGGCUUCUGCCCCCAAUUUCAGGCCCACCUUCCAGUUCUUCUCCUGGCACACGUGUCUUCUGGGCAUCAUGGGAUGUGUGGUGAUGAUGUUUGUCAUCAACCCUGUGUACUCCUCGGCCAGCAUUGCACUUCUGCUGCUGCUGUUAGUCUUUAUCCAUUACAGAGCACCCACCAGCAGCUGGGGCUACAUCAGCCAGGCGCUCAUCUUCCACCAGGUGCGUAAAUACCUGCUUAUGCUGGAUGUGCGCAAGGAACAUGUGAAGUUCUGGAGGCCACAGGUCCUACUGAUGGUGGCAAACCCACGGUCCUCCUGCCAGCUCAUCACCUUUGUGAACCAGCUUAAGAAAGGCGGUCUCUUUGUGCUAGGACACGUGCAGCUGGGAGACCUGGACACUUUGCCCUCAGAUCCAAUUCAACCUCAGUACAACUUCUGGUUGAGUCUGGUCGACAAGCUCGGAGUGAAGGCCUUUGUGGACCUGACUCUGUCUUCGUCUGUGAGACAAGGAACGCAGCACCUCCUCCGCAUAACGGGCCUGGGCGGCAUGAAGCCCAACACGCUGGUUCUGGGAUUCUAUGACAGCUGUGUUCCCGAAGACUACUUCCUGCAAGAUCCAGCCUUCUGCGAGGGAGUGGGAGGGCUCAGCAGUGGCACGGGGGACAACUUUGGCGUUGACUUGCCUUCUUUGCAAGCUCACUUUCCCCCUGUCCGCAGUCUGGAGUGCCCCCGCUGGCUCUCCCCAGAGGAGUAUGUGGGAAUCGUCUCUGAUGCCAUCAAGAUGGGCAAGAAUGUGUGUUUGGCCCGCUACUUCUUCCAGCUGGAGGGCGAAGGGAGUGGCGUGGCAGCUGUGUCUGGGCUGGAGAGAACCAUCGACGUGUGGCCUCUCAACCUGCUCAGGCCCGAGAACAGCGGCUACGUGGAUGUCUGCAGCCUUUUUCUGCUCCAGAUGGCAUGUGUGCUGAACAUGGCCAGCAAGUGGCGCCACGCCCGGCUGCGCAUCUUCCUCUGCGUGGAGUCCGAGUCCGGGGACCAGGGCUGGUUGGCGAAGGAGGAGACGCUGCGGGAGCUGCUCGGGAAGCUGCGCAUCCGAGCAUCCAUUAAGAUUGUGGCCUGGGACGCGGUGGUGAGGUUGUACGGGGCGGGCAAGGAGGGGCGGGCUGGCACCCCGGGCGGAGGAGAUGUGGGGGAGGGUGAAUUGGGGGGCUGGGCCAGGCUGCCCCCAGGUGUGUCUGAAGAGUACUUGUCAGGAGUGAACAGUCUGGUGAAGGAACACAGUGCGUUAGCUGCGGUCCGCUUCUUAUACCUCCCCCGCCCCCCUGCUGGAUCCAGCCAGUCACAGAAGUACCUGUCUCAGCUGGAGACUGUAACGCAAGGCCUUGGCCCCACCCUCCUGAUUCAUGGUCUCACUCCAGUUACAUGUACAGAGCUCUGAAUGCUGCCUUCAUCUUCUUGACAUUUGUCUCUCUCCUUUCCUCCGUGCAUGUGUGAGUGAGAUAGACAAACAAAGCAGGUGGGUUUCUGUUCCUGGGUGUGUGUCUCUUGUGUUUCUCUAUUGCCUUGUUCAAGUUUCUUUCCGUGGAAGAGUACUGACGCUUGUGUAACACUGCAUAGUUUUUUAUAGUUGCAUUGAGCCCUCAGCAUCAGCAGCUUGAGUCUCGUGUUUACUGAUGCGCUCUCAUUCUCCGGGAGGCGCUGUGACCCACUUCUUCCAGUGCUUUAACUUGGCUCUGAGGCAUGGAGUGGGACAAAUGUGUGAAUGUCUUCGGCUGACCAGAAACGGAGGAAGGCCGCAUUCGCACCCCUGCGGAGACCCCAUGUAUGUAUCUAAUCAGCCCCGUAACCUCCCUCUAUCUUCUUUGAGAGUGCCUGUUCAAUUCCUGCACAUGUUUUGGAGGACAGUUGGGAAAAAAGCUGCCAAAAAUGGUCAGGUGGACCAACGAUUGUAUCCGAGGUGUCAUGCAGUGUGCAGUGGUCACGUGAGAGAGCCCAGUUUAUCAGUCCUGUCUUUGUUUGUCUGUCCAUUCCAUCUUCAGUCCUGUCUUCUUUCCAGUCCAUUCUCAAGAUCUGGUACAUCUGCCUCUUUGUGUCUCACUGGACUGAAUGUAGAGCACAGCC